AAGACGACGUGUUUUUAAACUUGUGCAUUUUUUGCUUUUACUUGAAUAUAAAAAUGUAAUAAACAUAAAAAUUUUUCGGUACAUGGAAUAAUUUGUCAGUUACAGGUUAAUUAAUUUUGAUUGUAAGUGUUAAUUGUUUCGUGUCAUGUCUUAUAUAAAUGCUUACAAGAAUCGUUCUACCACUAAUGGUACAUCCGAAGACGAAAAACAAACUUUAUUGGUGUUCGGUUAUUCGUGUAAAUUAUUUAAAGAUGAUGAAAAAGCACUUUUCAUCGAUCAAGGAAAGCAUUUGAUACCUUGGAUGGGUGAUGAUGCAUUAAAAAUAGACAGAUAUGAUUGUCGUGGGGCUUUAAGUGACUUAAAGUCUGUAGAAGCCUUGCCGUUUGGACAAAGUCGGUGGGAAGGGUUGACAGCUGAUGAAAAGAAAAUAGAACAAUUAUGUGAUGAAGAGAGGUAUAAGUCUCUCAAUGAUAAAAGUGAAGAAGAAUCAAUUUAUCAAGAGGAAGAACUUAAACGGCUCCACCAGGCUUUAAAUAAUGAUGAAAAAGAAUAUGGGCAAGUUGGUUAUAAAUAUGAGGAUGAAUCUUCAAAUACUUCUGAACUAAAAACUGCAGAUGAUACAGAUUAUGAUCCAGAAUUGGAAGAAGCUUUUAUUCCACCUAGAGAAUUGGACAUUCCUUCUAAUAUGCAUGUGCCUCCAACAAAAAAAUUAAAUGCUAUUAUUGAAAAAACAGCAUUGUUUAUAUCCAAGCAUGGAGCACAAAUGGAAGUUUUAUUAAAAGCUAAACAAGCACACAAUCCUCAGUUUGAAUUUUUGUCAUUCGACAGACCACUUUACCCUUACUAUCAACAUGUACUUUCAGCUAUCCGGUCUUGCCGUUAUAAUCCUACACUUGCUAAUGAUAGUGCUGAAGAUUCGUUAGAUUCCUCAAAUGAAGAAAGUUACCUUCAUCCAAGCCUAUUAAAAAGUGCAAAACAACCAGAAACGACGCCAUUUAUACCAAAUAUAACGUACAAACCUUCUGCUGACUGUUCAUACUCAUUACUAGUAAACAAAAUUAAAGAGAAACAAUCUGCAAUGCCUGUAGAGGAAACCAUCAUAAAUGAAGUAGAAAGUCCUUCCAUAAAUGUAACUACAUCAGAAUUUGAUGGACUUACUAAAUCAGCCAGACGGCGUUUGAAAAAAAAAUUAGUUUCUCAAUCAACAUUAAAUGCUUCAAAUUCUCCAGACACAGAUGAUAAUAAUGAAAUAGUUGAUGAAUUAAGUUCAGUUGAAGCUACUUCUAACACUAAGAUUGAAUCAGAGAUUUCCAAUCCAGUUCAUCAAAAUGUUACUGUUGGUAUUGAUGUGCCACCUAAUGAUUUACAAAUCAUAAUUGAUAAAAUGGCUUCAUAUGUGACAAAAAAUGGAAAACAAUUUGAAGAUACUGCUCGAAAAAGGCAGGAUCCAAGACUGAAAUUUCUAGAACCUGAUGACUGUUUUAAUGCAUAUUAUACUCAAAAGCUUAAACUAUAUGCCACAAUUAAGCGAUUGGAACAAACAGCUCCAUCCAAAUCAAAUGUGGAUUCUAAAACAAAUUCUAAAUUACCUGUGUGUUUUUCACUAAAAAAACAAAAAGAAUCUGAAGCAGUUGAGAUAAAAAAAAGUGCACUUGAAGAUAGUUCAAACGAAACUAGCGAUGAUGAACAUAAAAAAGAUCGUAUUGAUAAAACAGAAUCCAAUCAUAAUAAAUCGAACAAAUCUGCGUCUGUGAAGAAAAAUCCAUUGCAAAAUACAGCUAAAUUAGCUGAAGAAAGAUUAAAAGAUAAAUUAGCUAUGGCAGCAAAAGAAAAACUUUUUAUGUUAGAAAGAGAACGUACCAAAAAAGAAAAAGAAAAAAUUCAAGCUGAAAGAAAAAGAAAGGCUGCACAAUUUUUGGCUUCUAUGAAAAUCAUAUCAUCAUCAUCAUUGUCUUCCAAAAAUUCAAAUACUAUUAAGCAUGAAGAGAAAUCAGAAACUCAAAUUCCAGAUUCACCUGUUCAAACUUUUGUUGGUCAGAAAUCAUCUUCAGAUGAAAAAAACGGUUUGGCAGAUGAUGAUUUAAAUGUUCAACCUCUUCCUUCUAAAGUACAAGACAUAAUAUCUAUUGAUUCUAGUGAUGAAGAUAUAUCUAACAAUGGUCAUUUAAAUAAAAAUAUAAAUGGACAUAAAAGUGGCAAAUUAUCUUUGCAAUCAAGGCUUCAAGAAACAUUAUCCAGAGACCAUAAGCGUAAAAAAACUGAAAGGUGUGAGAAAGAAAAAGAUUACAAACGAAUAAAACAUUAUGAUGAAAGUAAAGAAAAAACUCCUGAACAACGAUAUUCAUCUCGUGACAGAGAUCGAAGUAGCAGACGUUCGAAAAAGUCUCACUCUAGCCAUCAUAGCUCAUCAAAAGAUCAUAAGAGAGAACGCAGCAGUAGACAUUCCAAACAUAAACAUAAAUCAAAAAAAUCUAAAAAACAUGUACGGAUUCAUAAUUCAGACUCCUCUGAUAACAGUUCUAAUUCAAACAACAGUCGUUUAUCAUGAAUUGUUAUCAUUUUAUUUUUUCAACAAUGUUAUAUAAGUUUAAUGUACAUAAUUUGUGUAUACUUUAAUUAUU